GUCUCUCGCGGAGACCACGCCAGCCCAGCCCACGUGUGCGCCAGAUUUAAAAGUUGGUGGCUAGCGUGCGGAAACGGUCGCUUCGGUGGGUGAGCUCGGCAAGGGGCGCGCCGAACACGCCCAGAACGCCGGCGCAGCACGGCGCAGGGUCCCUGGUCCCCAGCCCAGAGACGCUCGGAGAUGCCGCGAGCGGAGGGUCGCUGCCCAGGGCUGUCCGCGGGACAAGCGGCCGCCUCGUCCGCACCCCACGCCCUGUCCCUGCUGCUGCUGCUGCUCGCCUGCUGUGCAAACGCCUGCAGAGGUAUGCCAACAUCACCUCAAAGAUUACAGCCAGAAAAAGAACUACAGUUGUGGAACGAGAUUAAUGAAGCUUGCUCAUCCUUUCUGUCUAUUGAUUCCCAGCCUCAGGCAUUUGUUGCACUGAGGGAGCUUUGCCGUGUGGUGAUGGAGAUUUCCCAGAAGCCUCAGGAACAAAAUGAAAAAGAUAAUACUAAGAGGUUCUUAUUUCAUUAUUCAAAGAUACAGAAGUCUGGAAAUUCAAAUGUUGUGUCGUCUGUCGUGCAUCCGUUGCUGCAGCUCGUUCCUCAACUGCAUGAGAGAAGAAUGAAGAGAUUCAGAGUGGACGAGGAAUUCCGGAGUCCUUUCACUGGUCAAAGUAGGGGAUACUUUUUAUUCAGGCCGCGCAAUGGGAAGAGGUCAGCAGGCAUCAUUUAAAACGGUUCGAAAAAAAAAUAGAUCAAAUGUCAGCUCAUCUUUCAUUGAAAACACUGCUAUGGACAAAAAGAGAAAACACUGCUUUGGGAUAUAAAAUAUAUUCACAUUUGGUUCUCAAAAAUGAUCCCUCCUAAAUUUAUUGUUGCAAACCCCUGUAUUGAAACAGUCUCUGUGAUG